CAUCUGCAGCCAACCGCAGCGGCUGUGGGGAGCCGGCACCUCGCUCCGCGCCCGGGGAAACCGGCCCGGCCCCAGCAGCGGGGCGAGGGGAGCGGCUCCAUGGGGGCGAGGUGGGUCCCGCACCCCCAGCGAGGGACCAGGCUCCUGACUCCACCAGGAUUGCAGGGACUGAGCUGCUGAGGAUGCCCUGAGAGUGGCCAAGCCAUGAGCAGAGUCUCCCGUGAGCGCCUGGACUCGGAGUCCUGUUCCCGGGCACUCUCCCAGGCCCGAAUGUACCUUGAGCAGAUUCGGAGCCGUGUCUCUCCAGGGGGCCCUGAUGUGCACGGAGCUGGGAAGCGGGAUUACCUGGUGGAUGCAGCAAAGCAGAUCCGCCUGGCACUGGAGCGGGAUGUGAGCGAGGACUAUGAGGAGGCUUUCAAUCACUACAAGAAUGGGGUGGAUGUGCUGCUCAGCGGCGUGCAGGUCGACCCCAAUAAGGAGCGCCGUGAGGCUGUGAAGCGGAAGAUCACACAGUACCUGAAACGGGCUGAGGAGAUCUUUAACUGCCACUUGCAGCGGACUCUGGGGAACGGGAGUUCCACUGCCACGGGCUACAGCAGCCUUCGCUUUCGGCCCAUCAGGACGCUCAGCUCGGCUGUGGAGAACCUGAGGCGCUGCAAGGUUGUGGGAGUGAUUGAGAAGGUGCAGCUAGUCCAGGAUCCAGCCACUGGGGGGACCUUUAUACUUAAGAGCCUCCCCAAAUCCCACGUGGAGACCCGUGAGCGGCAGACCAUCAUCCCUCAUGGAGUCCCCUUCGUGGCCAAGCUGCUGCGCUACUAUGUGAGCGAAGACUCCAUCUUCCUCCACCUCGAGCAUGUGCAGGGGGGGACACUCUGGUCCCAUCUCCACUCCCGGCCUCGUUUACAGCAAGGUUCCUCUGAUGGCCCCAGUAGCCUAAUCCCAAAGUCCAACUCAGUUUUGGUGGGCCAUGGUGAGAAGCAGCAAGUAGGAACCUGCUCGGGGGCUGGCCCUCAGUCCAGCCAGAGCUCCAGCUUCUGCCCGGAGAAUGGCACUGACCUCUCAACCUCUGCGAAUCGCCACCCACCAGAAAUUGCUGACCAAUCGUCCUCUCGGGAGCAGUCACCUGACCACAUGGAUGCCAGACCAGGGACUGGCUGCAGGUUCCAUACUGGAUGUGCCAAUGGCCAUAAGGGAGUUACUGGGGGGAAGGAUUCAGGUGCAACACACACUCUGUUUGGUGUCACUGAUUCUGUCUUCAUGGCAAUGGCCAAGGGAUACAGCCAUCUGACCAACCAGAGUUUGACCUCCCAGUCAUGUGACUUGUUAACCAGCAGUGAUGGUGUCAGCAGUGUAUCAGAGAGGGAAGAUUCUCAGCAGGACACAAGGCUACUGGCUGAUGAAGGGCUGCCCCAGUCUCCUGCUGCAGUCCCAAAGGCUAUGGGAGGAGGCCACCUGGUGAAGGUGGAACCUCGAGUUUGCCAGGUGUCUGAUGCUCCCUGGGCUCAGCCCACACGGUCCCCAGUGGCUCUCCCAGGAAAAAGGCAGCUGCACCCUGGAACCACCCUGCACAGCUCCAGCAAGUCCUACUGGUGUGACUCUGGGGGGCAGGAGUUGUUGAGGAGCAUCUCAAGGGCCCAAGGAGCAGGCCAUGGUCAGCACAGAGAGCAUCCAACUGCAGGACAGCGUGGGCCUCCACCCCAUCGCUCUUUCCGAGGGGAUGGCCAGGGGACCUGGGAUGUGAACGAGGAGCUCAUCCGGCUGUGGGCAGCUGAAAUGCUCUUGGCUCUGGAGGGACUCCACCAACAGGGAGUGCUGUGCCGGGACCUCAACCCCAGAAACCUGCUGCUAGAUGGUGCCGGUCACAUCCGUCUCACCUUCUUUGGCCAGUGGACAGAGGUGGAGCCACAGUGCUGCAGCCAGGCCCUAGAAGAUAUGUAUAGCGCCCCAGAAGUGGGUGGGAUUUCUGAGCUGACUGAGGCCUGUGACUGGUGGAGCUUUGGGUCCCUGCUGUACGAGUUACUGACAGGAACAUCGCUGUCCCAGAGCCACCCCUCGGGGAUUCACCCUCACACCCAGCUGCACCUUCCAGAGAGGCUCAGCCUGCCUGCUGCAUCCCUGCUCACUGAGCUGCUGCAGUUUGACCCCAAGCGACGCUUGGGCUCUGGAGGAGGUGGAGUCGUCAAGCUGAAGAGCCAUCCCUUCUUCAGUACUAUCCAGUGGAACAAGCUGGUUGGCUAGACUGACCCAUGCGGAGCAGCGAGGAGUGAAGGAUGGUGUCAGGCAGGGGGCUAGCUGCUGAUGUGCUGGGUGGGGCCCAGGGAGAGACCCAGAUCCUGCUGGAGAGGCAGAUUAUCCCCCAUGAUCACUGGGACCUGUGAUCCUGGGUGGUACUUGCAGCUCUGCCAGUGAUCCUGGGAGGUCCACUUCUGCAAGGGCUGAUUGUGGGGGUCUGGAUUGGGUCCAAUUUGC